AAUCAUUGAAACAAAUAAUUGUUGCAAAAAAAUAAAAAGAAAUGCAAAAUGGGGUAAAGCUCACAGCAACACUGGAAUCUGCUAAUCAAAUUAAAGGAGCAGCAACAGAGGGAAAGAAGCACAUUCACUUCACCCAAAAGUUGCAUCAGCCAUUUGGAAGUUCAUCUUCGUCAGAAUUAUAGAGAGAGAUGGCUGCUUAUGCUGCACUAAAUUCUGUGAUGGGAACAAUAGAGCAGCUUUUAACGUCCAACUUAUCAUGCCUACAAGGUCACAAACAACAUUUGAAAUUACUCUAUGAGAAGUUUGGCUCUCUGCAAGAGUCUCUUGAAAACAUUGAUGGCGAACCAACAACGGAUUUGCAAGUAAAAGUCAAAGGUGUAGCAUAUGAAGCAGAAGAUGAAGUUGAAUCACUAGCGAAACAAUUCGCGGAGAAGAAUGAAGUCCUUCCAUUUGAAUCCAGCGAGAGGUUUGGUAAAUUCUGUCAGCAGGCUACACAAGAGAUUGAUUAUGUCAAGGCACAGCUCAUCAAGCAGAAGGAGAACAAAAAUUUGCAAGCUGGAAAUUCUUCAACCGAUGGUUCUAGUUCUCUACGACCACAUGCUUCAAUCCUUGAGGACGAUAUGGUGGGUCGCACCAUUGAAAGAGAUAGAAUAAUUAAUAAACUUAAGAGACGCUCAAAUAAACUGGAAGUCAUCUCUGUUGUGGGGAUGGCAGGCAUAGGUAAGUCAACUCUUGCCAAAGAUAUAUUUCAGGAUACCUUUAUUAAGCAAUACUUUCAUAUUCGUAAAUGGAUUACUGUGUCUGAGAACUGUAAUUUUAGAAAGAUGCUUCUAGACCUUCUGCAAGAUGCUACUGCGAAGAAAGAAGAGCUUAAUAAGAAAACUGAUGGAGACUUAGCUGGUAUCUUCCAGAAUAGUUUGAAGGUAGAAAGGUAUUUGAUUAUUGUGGAUGACAUAUGGAGCAAAGAAGCUUGGAAUAGGAUGAUUCAUUGGUUUCCAGAUUGUGAAAAUAAUAGUCGACUAGUGUUGACUUCUCGAGACCAGCCGGUAGCUGACCACGCUACCUCUCCUGAAGAUGUUAUUAGGAUGCAUCUUCUGGAACCAGAUAAAAGUUGGGAUCUGUUUCACCAAAAGGUGUUUGCUAAAAGAGAUUACCCGGUAGAAUUUAAGGAGAUUGGGAGGGAAGUUGUAAAAGAGUGCAAAGGAUUACCGCUAAUGAUAACUGCAGUCGCUGGAAUUCUCUCUAGCAAGAGUACACUGGAUGAGUGGAAGAAAGUAGCUAAAAAUAUGAGCUCUUUAGUAAAUAAUGAUGAUUAUCAACGAUGUUUAGAAGUGGUCGAUUUGAGCUACAAUCAUCUUCCUUCUCAUAUGAAAGCUUGUUUUUUGAACUUUGGAGUGUUUCCAAAAGCCAUAGAGAUUUCUGUGAAGAAGUUGAUAAGGUUAUGGGUUGCAAAAGGACUCUUAAAGCUAAAGGGGGUAAAGGAAUGGGAAAAAGUGGCUGCCAAGGUUUUACUUGAUCUUAUUGGGAAAAAUCUAGUUAUUAUUGACAAGCAAAGUUUGGAUGGAAAUAUCAAGACAUGUAGGAUUCAUGAUCUUUUUCAUGAUUUAUGCUUGAGAGAAGCCGAACGCGAGAAUCUUUUGUAUGUUACUUCUGAUGCCACCAUUUCUGCAUCUGGAAUACAGAGAAAUCUUCCUAAAGAUCGUAGGUGGGUGUCAAUUCAUUCAAGUGGUAGUGUUUCUUAUCCCUCCAUGAGGUCCGCUGAUCUUACCCAUAGCAAAGCGCAUUCUCUUUAUUUUAUGGGUAGAUUUUUUUGGUUUGAAAUAGAUUUAGAACCUUUUCUUUUCAAACGACUAAGAGUACUGGACUUGGAGGGAAUGAUGGUUGAUUUGUUCCAUAUUUUCAAAGGAGGCCUUUAUCGUCUUAGGUAUUUGGCUGUGAUGACUGGUGAUUGGUCUGAGAUUCUACCAAUUUCCAAUCUUUGGAAUAUACAAACUCUCAUUUUUAGUCCACGUCCAGGGAUUUCUAAUAACUAUAUAAGUUAUCAAAAAGAGAUUUGGCAAAUGUCUCAAUUAAGGUAUCUCUAUGCAAGAGGCAUAUCUCUAUGUUCUCCUGGGUUGAUAUCAGGGAAUGAAGUUGAGCGUUUGGUUCUGGGAAACUUACUGACUGUUUCUGGGUUGAGUCCUUCUUGUUGCACAAAGGAAGUAAUUGAAGGGAUUAAGAAAGUGAAAAAAUUGGCCAUUCGCAGCACUAGGCAUGACUUCUCUAAGGAUCCUGAAUGGAUAGAUAAUCUUAAAUAUUUAGAUGAGCUCGAGGCACUAAGUAUUGCAGAUAACAAUUAUCCUUCAAGGACUUGUCCGUUCUUUAGGCUUACAAGUCAAGAUUCUCUGCCACCAAGUCUCAAGAAGUUGAAACUUACCACCACUCAUCUGCCGUGGGAGUACAUGGCCAUUAUUGGGAAGUUGCCCAAUCUCGAGGUGCUCCAAUUGAAGAAGUGUGCCUUUAAAGGCAAUGAGUGGAAAGUAACAGAGAUAUUUAAAAACUUGAAGUACUUUCUCCUUGAUCAGUCCUAUUUUCAGUAUUGGAAAAGUGACUCUAAUGAUCAUUUCCCAAACCUCGAGCAGCUAAUAAUCAGAGACUGCUCAUUUUUGAAAGAGAUUCCUCAAGAAUUUAACACUAGUAAGACGCUGGAGCUCAUUGAGGUACAUGGAUGUACUCGUCGCGUUGUGGAUUUGUUUAAGGGCAUCCUGGAUUUCCAAGACCUUUUGGGAAGGGACAAACUUAAAGUAAAUGACUUCAAUACAUUUUAAACUUACUAAGGUGGGAGGUAAGAUUGUUGGAGUGCAGAUGAAAAUUAUAUAUGAAUAAAAAGAGGAAGAUCCUAAUGGAUUUGCAGAAAGUACCAACUGCAGCUGACUGAGUCACAUAAGGUGUUGUCAUCCCUUUGUGAAUUUUGCCCAAGAAAUCCACAAGAGCAAGACUCAGCAAGAGAUGGGUGCAUCUUAAUGCUUGUUAUAUGCUGGUUUUUUCUUUUCUUAUCUUUUGAACUGUUCGUUUUUCUAGUUAAAGUGGUGGUGAUUUUUAUUGUUCAACAACUUAAGGAAAAAACAAAAGUAGAGUGCCUUGUAAUAAUGUGGGCUUUAAACCCAAAUGUUCCUUACCUCAUAGAGGUAUAUCUAUUUUCGUUCUUAUUAUAUUAUCCUGAGCACUUCUUAUGCUUUAGUGUCCAUUAACAGGCUUCAAAAUGGAGUUUGUUAAAUUUAACGGAACAAUCACGAGUGUUUUUGCAAAAAGAGUUAGUUAAUUGCACCACAA